GCUGGGUCGGGCCGGGAAGCGGAGCGGGGCGGGGCUGGGGAUGGUAACGGCUCGGGGGAGGAGGGGGAGGUGGGGGCGGGGGAGAAGGGAGGCUGCCGCCGCCGCCGCCGCUCGCGCAGGUUCCGCGCCUCCACCGCGGCCAUGAUGAUCCACGGCUUCCAGAGCAGCCGCCAGGACUUCUCCUUCGGGCCCUGGAAGCUGACGGCGGCCAAGACGCACAUCAUGAAGUCGGCCGAUGUGGAGAAAUUGGCUGAUGAGCUACAUAUGCCUUCUCUUCCUGAAAUGAUGUUUGGAGAUAACGUUUUAAGAAUCCAACAUGUUUCUGGCUUUGGAAUUGAGUUCAAUGCAACUGAUGCUUUAAAAUGUGUAAACAACUACCAGGGAGUGCUUAAGGUAGCAUGUGCUGAAGAAUGGCAAGAAAGCAGGACGGAGGGAGAACACUCCAAAGAGAUUAUCAGACCAUAUGAUUGGACCUAUACAACAGAUUACAAAGGAACAUUGCUUGGUGAAGCACUUAAGUUAAAGGUUGUGCCUACAACAGAUCACAUAGAUACAGAAAAAUUGAAAGCCAGGGAACAGAUUAAAUUUUUUGAGGAAGUUCUGUUGUUUGAAGAUGAACUUCAUGAUCAUGGAGUUUCAAGCUUAAGUGUGAAAAUUAGAGUGAUGCCUUCUAGCUUUUUCCUGCUAUUGAGAUUUUUCUUAAGAAUUGAUGGUGUGCUCAUCAGGAUGAAUGACACAAGGCUCUACCAUGAGGCUGACAAGACUUAUAUGUUAAGAGAAUACACUUCAAGAGAGAGCAAAAUAGCAAAUUUAAUGCAUGUUCCACCAGCCCUCUUUACAGAGCCUAAUGAAAUAUCACAAUACCUACCUGUAAAGGAGGCAGUCUGUGAGAAGCUGGAGUUUCCAGAAAGAAUGGAUCUCAACCUUGUGGCAACACAGGAAAAUACAUGCAUGGAAUCUAAAUAAAAUGUCAUACAAUAUGAGCUCUCUAUGGAACCCUCACUGGAGAUGACUGCUUUUUGGGGAGGGGGAUCAAGGGAGGGAGAGUCAAUGAGCUGCCUUUCCUUGUGCCCAGAUUUUCUGUAGCCUUAAAGGAAAGAAAAUGAAAGCUUGAUGUAGGUAGGUUCUACACAACCUGCUGUUUGUACGUACCAUCUGUCCAUAUCUAUCCAUAUCUAAAAUUAAUGGGAAACUGAAUUGAGCUAAGAUUUUCAGUUGUUAUGGAGUGGGACCUCAGUGGUAGAUAUUUAUAUGUCCUAAAGAGCAAUCAGAGGCAAUGGGCAUGUAAUUACCACAAAUAUUGUUUUGCAUGAAGAGAUUAAUUAAAUGCACCAAAUCUAAUAGUUCUUUUAUAACUUUCAUAGGAUUCCUGGAAAACAAAAGAUUAUGUAUUCUGAUAGUUUUUUAAAUUUAGCUUUGCAGAAAAAAUAUUGAUAAAAGGCACUGCUGCAAAGAAGUGAUGAGUUCAGAAGUUAAUCUUGUGUUUUAUAUUCACAGAAGAAGUUAAUUUCCCUCGAAAAACCAUUAUGUUAGAUGGGACUUUAAGCUCAAAUGUUCAUAAUUAGAAUCAAAAAAGAAUUUAUUUCUAAAAUUUCAAGCUAAUUCAUCCAUUGGAACAGCAUAUAUCCCUCAACUGUGGCCCCUCACUAACAGGUAUGCUGGUAUCACAAUUAGUUUUUGGCCGGCAUCUUGUAAAGGCAGGUGCUUUAUUUUUGGUUCUGUUGUACAUCUGAUGUUUUUGUACUCUACCUUACAUAACACCUUAAUGUGAAUAAAUAUACUGAAGUUGGUAUCAGUACUGAGAAGUUUUAGGUAUAUAUCUAUUGGAUCUGGUAUUAAGGAGAGAUAUACUACAUAUUAAAGCCUGAAGCUAGAUUUUUUUUCAUAAAAUAUUGAGGGUUGGCAUGGGGGGGUGUGAAAAAAAUGAGAAAAUAUUUUUAAAAUAAAAUCUAGUUUUUAUAUUUAAAUUUUCAGGUUUCUAAUAUGAUAGAGGAGGGGAUUCAGUAAAAAGGAAUAAACUUAGGACCCAUGGGGAAAAGAUUGGGUAGCUGUAGCUUUAUAGUGAAGUGCAAAAAUAAAUUUAAAAAAAAAAAAAGAUCUUUUAAACAUUUUAUAUGUUUUUUUGCCUGUCUACAUAGUGCAUGUAAAGCUGAAAAUGAUCACUAUAGGAUUGGGUAAGAGAUUUAUUGAAGCAAAUUAGUGGGGGGUUUUUUGUUAACCUUUUUAAAAAAGGAAGUAACAACUUUUUGUUUUAGUUAAGAGUUGUUUCAUCCUUAACCUUCCCUUGCCUUGAACUCAGAUCACUAAAUAGUCUUAGUAAUAAUUUUAAAAAUAUGCAGCUCUUUUGCUUUCACCCUUUGGGAAUGUUUUAGAGGUAGUAAGGUAUUGUUUAUCUGUGAAGAUCUUGGCUGAAAGGAAUGGCCAGAGUAUCUGUGUCCCAGAAAUUGUAGUUAAGGUAGAAGGACCUGGACCCUCUUAAGUCUCAUUCUCAGCUUACCUAUUGUUUCACAAAAUGGUGCUGUUUUGAAUUACCCAGAAAGUAAACCUUACUAGACAAGUUUAUCCUCUACCUUUUGCUGUAUCACUUCAAGGUGGAUGUAUAAAAGCAGAAUUUAAUCUGCUCUGAGAGAAUGCAUUGCAUGUUUACUGGAUAUCCAUCUUAUAUGAAAGUGUAUGCUUUCUCUUUAGGCAGGAAAUGUGUAUACUGUAUGUGACUACCUGAUUAAAACAAUUUUGUUUGCCGUGUUGUUCUGAAUGGAAGACUCCUUAUCCAAACAAAUUGCAAAAACCGAAAAGGACUGUACAUCAGUUGGGAUGUCCAACCUGUACUAUCUCCUUUCUCUUUUCCUUUUUGGAUGUAUUGAUGUCAGGUCCAAUCCUUUAUUUCCUACUUUAAGUAUGAAAAGAUAUUAUAGAGAAUAAAAAUAAUGGAUUACAUUUUGGGGGAGGGCUCAAGUUGGAAGGGUAAGUAUGUUUCUGAAUACUUCACGACCAAUUCACUACGAUAUUACUAUAUAAAAUACAUAUGAGACAACUUGUCCAUUGUGAUGUGACACAUCAUUUUGUAUUAAUUGUUUGAAAUGUCCUCAUUUUUUUGUAAGUGAAGAAUAAACAACAAAUUACUGGCCUAUGCUGGGGCUGGUU